GCGGCGGGGCGCGAUGGCGAAAGUGCUGGCGGCCCUGAGGAACCACUGGAAGAAAUCCACCUUCGGGGCCUGCCUGCUGGGCUGGGGCGGACACUGGCUCUAUGGGAAGCACUGUGAUAACCUGCUACGAAGAGCUGCAUGCCAAGAAGCCCAGGCUUUUGGCAACCAGCUGAUCCCUGCUACUAUGCCAUUGAAGAAAGCAACAGUCUUCCUCAACCCAGCAGCUUGUAAAGGCAAAGCUGGGAACCUUUUUGAAAAGAAUGCUGCACCAAUUUUACACUUAUCUGGCUUGGAUGUAACUGUGGUUAAGACUGAUUAUGAGGGACAAGCAAAAAAGCUUCUGGAAUUAAUGGAAAACACAGAUCUGAUCAUUAUUGCAGGAGGAGAUGGCACAGUCCAAGAGGUCAUAACUGGACUUCUCCGUAGAGCAGAUGAGGCUGCCUUCAGUAAGAUUCCUAUAGGAUUCAUACCCCUUGGAAAAACUUGCACUUUGAGCCACACACUGUAUCCUGAGAGCACGAAUCAAGUCCAACAUAUUACUAAUGCUACAUUGGCCAUUUUGAAAGGAGAGACAGUUCCACUUGAUGUGUUGCAGAUCAAGGGAGAAAAGGAGCAGCCUGUGUUUGCAGUCUCUGGUUUAAGAUGGGGAUCUUACAGAGAUGCAGGAGUUAAAGUUAGCAAGUACUGGUACCUUGGACCUCUGAAAACCAAAGCAGCUCAUUUUUUCAGUACAUUUAAGGAGUGGCCUCAGAAGCAUCAAGCUGCUCUCAUAUACCUGGGUCCAACUGAGAGACCUCCAGAAGAGCCAGAGAAGGAGUCAUCCAGACUUCCUUUUCAUGUGAGGCUUUACAGACGGCUUCUUUCGUUCUGGUCACGUCCAAAAGAAGUCUCCCAGGAGGUAGCCCCAGAGGACUGGGAAGAGGUGAAGCUGUCCACCAUUGAGCUUUCCAUUGCAACUCGGAACAGACAGCUUGAUCUAACACGCACUGAGGACUUCAUGGACAUUUGCAUCGAAGCAGAGAGUGUCAGCAAAGGGCAGUUUGUUCACAGAGGCUUCUGGAUAUGAAAAUGAGGGUCCAGUUGUGUGUUACAUGCAGUAAGUGUUGUGGUUCUCUCUCUGCCUGUAUUUUUGUGGUUCAGCAUAGAGUAGGUUGCAACAGUCAAUGGAAGCUUGCUGUUAGACUUCUGGUCUUGUUCCUAUUUCACAUUGCUGUCUGGUCUAGAGUGAGGAACAGAAUCUAAGGGAAAUGAAUUACGAUUUUUUUUUAUGCUGGACCACUAGAGGAGCAAUUUCUACAAGUGCAGUUGUGUCUUAUUUGCUUCUACCAGUAUUCUACUUUGAUUGAUCUUUAAUUCUAUGUCUUGGCUCUUUUGAGCUUACCUUGACCCGACAAUGAAGGCAUAUGUGCCUUCAUUGACCAAAAAUAUCUGCUCUCUCACCAGAGUAUGCCUUGUAUGUAUUUAGUAUCUAGGACCUUGUAUGAUAAAUUCCAAGCAGGUUAAAAUUUAAGUGGGGAAUGUUGCUGCUUGUUUGUACAGCACUGUAUAAACUGACUGUAUUGCAUACCAUCAAAGAUUUAUAAUUUAUAUUGCUGGAGGAUGUUUCAUUCCCUCACAGUCACUCAUCAAUCUUUCAGUGUAUACAUAUUUGAUUAAAACCAAACUUUCCACAGUUAA